AUGGCUGAAACAGAUGGCGAUAAGUUUCCGCUACACACAGCUGCGAGAGAAGGCAGAGUGUCUGUUGCUGAGGGCCUCCUCAGGGUACAUGACGACGGCAGAUAUCCCAUCCACUGGGCAGCCUCUUCCAACAGCUAUGACAUUAUUCUCCUUUUAGCAAACCAGUCGAGCUUCGACCCGGACAUCCAGGACGAUAGCGGUUGGACUCCUCUCAUGAUUUCAGCCAGCGUUCAAAACAGCGAGCCAGCAUUGAAUCUCCUUCUUCAAAGGGGUGCUGAUCCCACCCCCCAGACUGCCCUCCACUUCGUCGCCUCCAAAAAGAACCUCGACGUCGCUCGCCUGCUCAUCAACUCGAAACCCCCAGCUUCAACUCGCGUCCGCGACCGCCGCGGCCAAUACCCCAUUCAUCGCGCUGCAGCCGUCGGGUCCGUACCCAUGGUUAUGCUGCUGCUGAAGAACAGGAGCCCCCUGAAUGCGACAGACAAUGAGGGCUUCACCCCUCUUCACCAUGCUGUCGCAGAGGGUCACGGAGACACCGCCGUCGCUCUUCUGAAGGAGGAGGCUGAUUUUACACUCAAGACUUCCGAAGGAGAGCUUGCUAUUGAUUUGGCUCCAGACAAAGAGGUCCGCCAAUUCAUCAUCCAGGGCGCUGAAAGAGAGGGCAUCCAGCUGGUCGAUUAG